ACUGACUGGGAGAGAGGUAGUACAAGAUCCAGAGUCAGGGAUGGAGAUAUCGAUAGGCACAGACAGUAAGAAAGAGUGAUAGAUGGAUGGAUAGAAGUAAAAAGAGUGAUAUAGAGAGAGGGAUUAAUCUCUUGCUCACAUGCUGAGCUGGAUUUUUCUCUCCAUUGUAGUCAAAACAAUGCAGUCUCGCAAUGGAGGGCUUAUAAGGGAUAGGCAGAGGCAGACUGCGAACAACUGCAGAGAGAGAGAGAGAGAGAGAGAGAGAUAAAAGAGUGAGUGUUGGAGGACUAAGCUAUCCCACUCUGCUCUUCGAUGCUGUACACUCUAGCUGGCGGGGGUGCACUCUGCGGUGUGGUGGCCCUGGUGCUGCUCAUCGUUGCCACGGCGACCGAUUUCUGGAUGCAGUACCGCUAUUCCGGGAGCUCAGCCAAUCAGGGGCUCUGGAGGUUCUGCAUCAACCACAAGUGCCACUCCCACACCAUCACUGUCGCAUUCUGGGACGCCACACGAGCCUUCAUGCUGCUGUCGAUGCUGAGCUGCUUCACCGGAGUCAUCCUGGGGCUCAGCGCCUUCACCAACGGGGCUAAGAAUAAGAGGGUGAAGAUUGGGGGCAUAGCGCUCUUAUUGUCAGGGUUCCUGGCUCUCCUAGCCCUCUCUAUCUACACAGGUGUCACGGUUAAUUUCUUUGGGAAGCGCUUUGUAGACUGGAGAUUUUCUUGGUCCUAUAUCCUCGGCUGGGUGGCGAUCAUUCUCGCCUUCGCUGCUGGUAUUUUUCAGCUCUGUGCUCAUCAGAAGAAUGGCACUGAGCCCACCGCCCCCAACGUGACUGACAGCUAGACCCCGCCCAUCGACCUUACUGACUGACUAGAACACGCCCCCUUUACUGUGUCUGCCUGCUAGAUCCCGCCCUCUCAAUGUGACUGACAGAUAGCCUGAGAUAGCCUCUCAGCAUGCUUUCUGAAUGAGACAUGAUUAUGAAUACCUGCGAUAGACCUGCGCUUGGACAGAUCUGCAAAGAGCUGGAUUGAAAUCUGGAUUAGAUUGUCACAGAUCUGAAUGCAUCACAAUGUAAUCUUGUGUGACUCCGAGGACUGGACUGAGGCGUCAGGGAAGCUGGGCCUGAAGGAUGAAAGCCCAGUUCCUGGGAUUAUACGUAGGCUGCCCCUGGCUCUGUAGACACUGCUGGCUUUUGCAAUAAAACCACCUC